GUCCCGGCGGGGCCGAAGGUCCCCGGCGGGCCCCGCCGCCCCGGGCGGGUCGCUGGGCGUGCCCGCGGUGCCCCCGUGCCCCCGAACCCCGCCCGGCGGCCGUGACGCGCGGGGCCCUCACGGGGAGGAGCCUCCGCCCUCCGCUCCCGCCAUCACCAAACUUUGCGCUGGUUCCCGGCGGCCGCCGCCGCCUCCUCCCGGCACAUGGCCCCGGCACCGCGGGGCUGAGCCCCGCCACCGCCCCCGCCCCCGGGCGCGGAGACACCGCCGACAGCGACACCGCCACCGCCGGAGCGACCGGUCACCGCCACCGCCGCUGCCCGGGUGCGGCGGCUCCCGGCGCGGCGCGGGAGGACGGGGCAGAGCGGCGAGGGGCGGCCGGAGGCAGCGGGGCCGGUGCCCAUGUGCCCGCGGUCGCGGCGGGGCGAUGAGGCCGCGAUGAGCACGGCGGGCGAGGGCACCCUCCGGCCCUGGAAGCCCGACCCGGGGCAGGCGGACGGGGGGCGGCCGCCCCCGCCGGGCCCGGCGCUGCCGCUGACCCUGAGCGUGCUGGCCUGGCUGGGCACCGGCACCACCAUGGCCGGCCUCAACAAGUGGAUCUUCGCGGCGCACGGGUUCCGAUACCCGCUGCUGCUCUCCUCGCUGCACAUGCUGUCGGGGGUGGCCGUGGGGUACCCGCUGGGCUGGGCGCGGGGUGCCCGCUCCCCGCGGCCCCGCGCCCGCAUCUACCUGCUCAGCCUCACCUUCUGCACCAGCGUGGCCCUGGGCAACCUGGGCCUGAGCUACGUGCAGCUGGACGUGGCCCAGGCCGUGGCCACCACCACGCCGCUGGUGACGCUGGUGCUGGGGGUGCUGGGGGGCCGGCGGCCGCACCCGCUGCAGUGCUGGGCCAUGGGCCCGGUGUGCGCCGGGGCCGCCUGCAGCAUCGCCGGCGGGCUCCGCUUCUCCCAGCCCGGCUGCGGCUUCCUGCUGGCCGCCACCGUGCUCCGCGCCCUCAAGUCCAUCCAGCAGAGUGUGCUGCUGCAGGAGGACCAUCUGGACGCGCUGUCCCUGCUCGGCCUGACGUCCCUGCCCAGCUUCGUGCUGCUGUUCGGGGCGGCCGUGGCGCUGGAGCUGGGCCCCUCGUGGCAGGGGGUGCUGCGCCCCGACGCCGCGCUCUGGGGCUGCGUCCUGCUCAGCUGCCUGGGUUCCGUCCUCUACAACCUGGCCACGUCCUGCCUCCUGUCCCUCACCUCCGCCCUCACGCUGCACCUCCUGGGCAGCCUCACCGUGGUGGGCAACCUGCUGCUGUCCCGCCUGCUGUUCGGCACGCGGCUGGGCGCGCUGGGCUACGCCGGCGUGGCGCUGACGCUGGCGGGGAUGGUGCUGUACCACCAGCCCCAGCUCCUGGCCGCGUGCUGGCCCCUGCGGGCGCCGCGGCGGCACCCGCGCCACGAGUAGGGGUCUGAGGGUGGUGCAGGGGCGAGGGAGGCUCUGAGCGAGGGCAGGGGGGCUGCGGAGCUCGGCUCAGCGAGCACGUGUGUGUGCUGAGGGGUGUUGUGCCAGGCACGCGUGUGUGCCAGUGUGUGUGACACUCUGCACGUGUGUGUGACUGUGCACGUGUCUGCCAGUGUGUGACACGCUGAGUGCACGGGUUUGCCAGUGUGCCCACAUGGGUGCUGAGGUGCACAGUGCUGUGCACAUGGGUGUGACUGUGCACACGUGUGUGCCAGUGUGUGUGCCACUCUGCACGUGUGUGUGUGUGCCAGUGUGCCUGGCUCUGUGUGCCCACGGGAGUGCUGAGGUGCACAGUGCUGUGCACGUGUGUGCCCGUGUGUGGCUCUGUGCACAUGUGUUUGCUGGUUUGCACAGCUCUGUGCACACACUUGUGGCUGUUUGCACAGCUCUGUGAGCACGUGUUUGCUGGUGUGCACAUGGUGUGUGCCAGUGUGUGUGACUGCACAUGUGUUACUGGUGUGCACAGCUCUGGACAUGUGUGUGCUGAUGUACACAGUGCUGUGCAUGUGUGUGCCAGUGUGUGUGGUACUGUGCACAUGGGUGUGCUGGCAUGCACAGCUCUGUGCACAUGUGUGUGCUGAGGUGCGUGGUACCAUGUACAUAGUGGGUGUCCCACUCUGCAUGGUUGUGUGUACAUGUGGUUUGCAUGGCUCUGUGCACACGUGUGCUGGGGUGCACAGUGCUGUGCACACGUGUUGGUGUGCAUGGCUCUGUGUACAUGUUUGUGGGUUUGCACAGCUCUGUGUGCACACACGUGUGCUGAGGUGCACGCUGCUGUGCACGGUGCUGUGCACACGUGUGUCAGUGUGCAUGGCUUUGUGUGCACAUGUGACAGUGUGCACAGCUCUGCGUGCACACACGUGUGCUGAGGUGCACAGUGCUCUGCACUGCACAUCCCUACUGAUGUGCAAGGCACUGUGCAUGGGUGUGUGCUGGUGUGCACAGCUCUGUGAGCACACGUGUGUUGAUGUGCACACGUGUGUUGUGUGAAGGCUCUGCAUGUGCAGGCAGGUCUUGUGCACGUGUGUGUUGGUACAGACUGUACAUAUGUGAGUGUGUGCACAGCUCUGUGUGCGUGUGGCACGUGUGUGCUGCUGUGCACAGCUCUGGGGGGGGGUCAGGCAGGUACAGGUGUGCACACAGGCUCUGUGCAGGCACCUGUGUGUGUGUGUGUGUGUGUGUGUGUGUGCAGCUGUGUGCCCCAGCUCCACACGUGCGUCCCCGUGUGCACAUGCAGGCUGGGAAUGCUCAGGGACAUGGCUGUGGAUACACGACCUGGAUACAGGACUUGGGGCAUCCGGCUGCUGUCCUGCCUGGGGAAACAGAACUGUCUGUGUGUGUGUGUGUGUGUGUGUGUGUGUGUGCGCACAUGUGUGUGUGGGUGUUCACACGUGUGUGUGUCACUACUGAGCUCUGCUGGCUGGAGUGGACGCUGGCUGUGUGUACACACUGCUCUCAUGGCCAAACAGGAUGCCCAGGACAGGGCAGGUGCGUGUCCCCUCCCCUGUCCCCAACCCCACCGUCUUGUGACAAUCCCAUGGGGCUGCCGGUGGUGCUGCCAGCGUCACCUUUGUCCCAGCUGUGCCCUUCCAGCCCCCACAGCUCCCUGUCCCCGUCCCUCCCAGCGUGCCGUGGCUGGCACAGACUGGUAUCCGUGGCAGAGAUGGCGAGAGCCCGGCUGAGGGGACGGGGACAGUCCAGACCACCCGCCAUCGCUCCAGGGCGGUGCCAGGCUGAGGCGUGGGACGAUGCUGGGCUGUGGCACAGCACACACUCACCAUGGCAGAGGGACAGCCCUGUGUGUGCCCUGGCACCGCCGGGGGCCGUGGGGGCCAUUGCCACGCUCGUGUCUCCGUGCCGGGGCCGAAGGACCCAGCUCCGAUUGCACUUGUCCCAAAAUAAAGCUCUAUUUUUGUCGUACGCCA